AUGCGGCUGAGCUUCGAGUGGAUUGGGAGAGCGUUGAUCAACAAUGCUGCUGUUGAGAAACUGCUUAUGCAGCUCAGUCUAACGCGGUGUGCUGAUUCCAGGAUUGUGAAAGAAGGCGAAGGUGGAUGCAGUGGUGGUGAGAAGAGGCGUGUCAGCGUCGCUAUUCAAUUGUUGACCAAUUGUUCCAUCUUGUUCUGUGAUGAACCAACAACAGGUCUUGAUGCAGCGACUGCGCUUCAGGUAGUUCAAGUAUUGAAGGACCUGACCGUUGUGGGUAUCACCGUGGUCAUGUCGAUCCAUGCUCCGCGAUCGGAUAUAUGGAACCAAUUUGAUCAUGUUAUCCUAUUGUCAUCCGGAAGUCUCAUGUACGAGGGUCCCAAGGAUGGAGCAACUCGCCAUUUUGAAAGGUGUGAGUAUGCAAUGCCCGCCUUUUUCAAUCCCGCCGAGUUCAUCAUCGAUAUCACCUCCGAUAAGUCUCGCGUCGGGGACAUGAAAGCACAAUUUGCAGAGACUGUGGAGAUGAUUCCAAGUGAACAGAGCUCUCCUCGUGUUCAGAACGCUCCUUUGGCAUCUCGGAAAUUGCCCAGCUCACGGAAACGCUGUCAGGUCCUAACAAAACGGACUAUGAAGAUGUGCACCAGGGAUGCUCGAUUCCUUGUUGGUAUCGGAUGCACAGUUGGGGCCUUGGCUAUCGUCAACGGUUGGAUCUUCUGGCAACUCGAUGAAACGCAAAGAGGGAUACGCUCCCGGCAAGGGAGUCUUUGGGUUGCGACAGGGCUCUAUGGAUAUUUGUUGCUGAUCAGCGAAAUUUGCCGCCUCAUCGAAGACAUCCGACUAUUUGAUCAUGAAAGAAGAGACGGAAUUACUAGCUCAUCUGCGUUUCUGUUUAGCCGGAGAAUAGUGAAACUGACUUGGGAAGAUCUGAGUCUACCUACGAUUUUCACAGCGAUCUACUAUCCCAUGGUUGGUUACCGCGCCAAUGCGGCCCAGUUUUUUAUGUUCUGGCUCAUCAUGGUUUUGACACAUGCAGUCUCUACCGGUGUUGCAACUCUAUCUGUUGCAAUCACCAGAAACUUCUAUGGGGCGGGGCUUAUGGGAAACAUCUACUUCACGCUCUAA